CUUUCGCUAAGCAUGUCUAGUUCCCUCCCCUCUUUAAAAGGGCAAGGUCGUGACUCAGGAACGUCUGGAGGUCGUUGAACGUACUCAGUAGGUAAAAGAAGUUUGUAGUGCAGCAUCACUCACACCUCGGAACCAUCGGCAUGUCUUCUAAGUACACUUUGGUUUUGGUUCGGCAUGGAGAAAGUGAAUGGAAUCAGAAGAACUUGUUCUGUGGAUGGCACGAUGCAGAUUUGUCGGAAACUGGCAUAAACGAGGCAAAAUAUGCAGUUGAAUUGCUCAAGAAGAGGAAAAUCACUUUUGAUUUGGCUUUUACAAGUGUUCUAACACGUGCCAUAAAGACCCUCUAUCUAAUACAAGAUGGUCUUGAUCUACAUUGGAUUCCAGUUAUUAAAACUUGGCGCCUGAAUGAACGUCAUUAUGGUGGUCUACAAGGUCUUAAUAAAGCAGAAACAGCUGCCAGACAUGGGGAAGAAAAAGUCAAGAUCUGGAGACGAUCGUAUGAUGUACCACCUCCAGCACUGACCCCAAGUGACAAAGAAUGGUCUGGUAAUGACCCCAGAUAUGUGGAUCUUGACCCUAGAAUGAUUCCUGCCUGUGAAUGUCUGAAAGACACUGUUGCACGUGUUCUUCCAUUCUGGACUGAUAGCAUUGCUCCAGCAAUCAAGAGCGGUAAGAAGGUUAUUGUUGCUGCCCAUGGCAACAGCCUCCGCGCCUUAGUGAAGUAUCUGGACAACAUUAGUGACAGUGACAUCAUGGAGCUUAAUAUCCCCACAGGAAUUCCCCUUGCUUAUGAACUAGACAAAGAUCUGAAACCAGUAAAGAAUUAUUAUCUUGCUUCUGAGGAAGAGGUGAAGGCUGCUCAAGAAAGGGUGGCCAACCAAGGAAAGGCUAAGUAAGAGGCAUUCGUUCAGAAGAGUUUUCUCUGGAGAUUAAUGCACAGAAGCUGUAAUCUUUUUGUUCCACCAUUAAUGUAUAUUGUUUGUUUUUUAUGCUUACAUUUAGAUGCUGAAACAUUGCAUUUUCUUUGAAAUGUGUGCACUUGAAAACCUGUUAUGUAUUGAACCCGUGUUCCAUGUACAUUGGAAUUGGCGAUGUAAUUGCCACUGUUUUGUAAUGUUGUGGACUGUUUGUGAAGAGACACUUCUACCUUGUACAUUAUUUUUUAUUCAUUUAAAUUAAGAACCACCUUUUAUUUUCUACAAAUGUUUCCUAUGAAUUAAAUUAUUUUUUUUGUCUGAGACAAAAGAGGUUUCAUCAUGCAGUAAUAGAAUACUUAUAAUAUUUAUUGUCUUUACACGUUUCUGUGAAUGAUGUAAUUUUCACAAUCAUUAGAUAUGAACAGUUUAAUGCUAAAACUUCUGGUUUUGUCCAACUUCCUCUUGAAGUGCCAAGGCCAUCACAUCCGGACCAGUCACUUGUUGUGGAAGACGAGCAAGAUAGAGUGAUAACAUCAGUUAUUUCUUUCUAAAACAUUAUCACAGUUUCACCAUUUUUAGUGAUUGACGUUUCUCCCUACUCAAUUUUAUUUUUCACCUUUUUCAUUAUUGCUUCUUAAUAAAUUUGUAGAUUUUCAUUCACUCUACCCAUGUGCCCAAACUAUUCAAGGAAAUUGAAUUAGUACUUCCGAUUUGCUGAUUGUGUUUUUGUCAAAGUUUGUUGUAAAAGAUUAAACUCCUUAAAGACUAGA